UUUGGCAUAUCCAUGCAAAGUGUAAGCAAUUUCAAUUCAUUUAAUUUGAGUUGCUGAAAAAAUGGAUAUAAUUUCUGCUGCUAAUCUUUACCUACGUCAGAUAGGCGAGCUGCGGCCAAGCAUCUCGGAUUUGAAGCCCAGCAUUUUCACAACAGGCGGACCAGAGCCCAGAUCACUCGUUGAAAUUUCUGGCAAGCGUAGGAGCGGCAAAACUCUUCUGCUAAUGCAGCUAGUGGCAAACUGUUUAACACGCUGUGAUGUCAUACUAAUUAAUAUUAACCAUAAAAUCGAUCUUCAGUUACUUGGAAAACUUUUGCAGGACGCGGUCAAAAAUGCCAACCCACAAGCAACAGCCGUCGAAUUGCAAGAGAUCUGUGAGAAGUGCAUGGACUCAUUGGAAAUUAUUAAUUGCUUUUCAUCCUUGGAUGUUCGCUUGGCCAUAAAAGCUCUAGAUCAUCAUAUUCUGCUUGAUAACGAGAGGGUUAGCCUAGUUGCUAUUGACGGACUUUGCGAAUUCUAUUGGUUUGACUUGCCGCCAAAUGUGCCCAUGCGCAAAUAUACAUACUAUAUGAAAUUUCUGGAGCGAAUACACAGGAUUUCAAAGAGAUUUUAUGUUUGCUGCAUGUACACCGUGGACAGCAGCUAUCUAAAAACGUCAUACGCGCCUUCCAGAGCGAUAAACAUAGAUCACAAGUUGCAGUUGAAUUGCUUUAGGGGCAAACGAACGCUGAACAACAAAAGAAUUGUCAUCAACGAGAGCGGUAUCCAGGUUAUGGAUUAAUGAAAGAAUUUUUAAAAA